AUGCAGGCUCGACCGAAUCCGGAAGGCCCGACGUCGAGAAGGCUGUCACAUAUCGACGGGUUGCUCGCUGGCUUCAACGUUCUUGCGUCAGAUUGCCCUAUUGACAGGCAAAAGCAACAAUGGGAUCGUCUGGAAGCGCUCCGUGGUGAGAUGCAGCGCCAAUGGGAAGGCCUCAGAGAUGUGCCCCUGGCUGUGGAUGAUCUAGAAGGCUUCUGUGACACUGCGCUUUUUGCGUAUCGGAACGCCUUGGCUGGUCUUGUGCCUACUGAUCUUCCCAAGGUCGUUGGGCUUUGCAGUCUGUCAUAUGCCGUGUCACGCAUUCUUCAGCACGAGGGAACAUCGUGCUCGGUGAAUUUUCUAGACGACGUUCGGGUCUGUCUACAGUCCCUGGAAAAGCAAGAGGACCGACAGAUGAUUGAGGUUGCCAUGGCAAAAUCCUGGCCUCCGAUCGUGCAAGUUGACCACGUCGGAAUGGCUCCUCAGCACCAAGACUGGCCUCAAUACCCCAGAAGCAAUGAUCCUCAGGCUUACCCUAGUGUCACUUCUUCUGAAACAUGGCAGAUCCAAGAUGUUCCUUUGCUGCCUUACACUUCGGCUACGUUUGAUGCCCUACCGGGCGGUUUUCCUGUUGCGGCCAACUGGGUACACACUUCUCAAGGUCGCCCUUUCGAGCCGUACGACACAGCGGGAGACACUAAUGACUAUUCUGUCCUCGGCUGGAUUCCUGGCGGGACCAUGAACGCAAUUGCAGAUACCCCAUGGUCGGAUCCUGAUCAAGCCGGGUUCCAGGUUGGAUCCUUCGGUCAAUUGGAGAACACAAGCCAGUCGAGGGCAGCGUCUUCGGCCCCCAAUGGCCCGCAGCAUCUCCAAGGCACAGAGUUGUUCAAGGUUAUUGGGAGCUUUCUAGAUGGCUCGUCCGACUCCCUGGUGCUUCUCUCUGGGAACGGGGUAACCGCCAAGAACCUGGAUUCGUGUCUCUCUUCCAACCAGGAAAGGUCGACGGACAAGGAAUGUCUUCAAUCAUUGUAUAUGGAUCCGUUGUGCAAGAAGCAAGAGCUUUUGCAGACUCCAUGUCCAACUAUUCUGUCGAUCACCAAGAAGUUUGUCGGCUAUGGUUUCUUGCAGAGCGUUGACGAGGCGCAGUCCUACAUGACAGCGCUUGCAGAGGUGCUGUUCAAUGACAACACAGCGCAGGAAAUGUUCUGCCAGAGCAUCAAGACCCCCCCAACGGCUGCUGAAUUGUCCACGCAGGAAUGUCGCUGCAACGCGCCGGCCAAAAAGGGCGCUGUGAGGUGUCCGGACUGCAAAAAGAUGUUCCCUAGAAAGUGGAACAUGAAAAGACACCAGAAGAAGAAUCAGUGCCCAGCCAGCCGGGGCACGACAGCCUGA